CGGGCAGGGAGUUUCCAGGCAGCGGGAAUCUGAUCACCUUCGCGCAGUUCUUCUUCAUCGCCUUGGAGGGCUUCAUCUUCGAGGCAAAUUUCGGACGGAAGCGGCCCGCCAUCCCUAUCAGGUUCUACCUGAUCAUGGUGGCUAUGUUUUUCACAGUGAGCGUAGUGAACAACUAUGCGCUCAACCUGAACAUUGCGAUGCCUCUGCAUAUGAUAUUUAGAUCGGGCUCCUUGAUCGCCAGCAUGGCUCUGGGCAUCAGUAUCCUGAACAAAAGGUACACCGUCUCCAAAUAUAUCUCUAUAGCUUUGGUCUCCCUGGGCAUUUUCACCUGUACUUUCAUGUCAGCAAAAGAAGUGAGUUCUGUAUCGAGUACGAGUGAAGACGAGGAAAGCGUGUCUGCCUUUUUCUGGUGGCUGCUAGGAAUUGCGGCCUUGACCUUUGCCCUCCUCAUGUCAGCCAGGAUGGGGAUCUUCCAGGAAACCCUCUAUAAGAAGUUUGGAAAACACUCCAAGGAAGCUCUUUUCUACAACCAUGCGCUUCCUCUCCCAGGAUUUCUCCUUCUGGCACCAGAUAUUUACCGACAUGGGCUUCUCUUCAGUCAGUCCAAACCCUUCCAAGUGCCAGUGAUUGGGCUCAGCGUACCCAUAAUGUGGUUCUAUCUCAUGAUGAACGUCAUCACUCAAUACAUCUGUAUCCGGGGGGUCUUCAUCUUGACCACCGAGUGUGCCUCCUUGACCGUCACGCUGGUGGUGACGCUGCGGAAGUUUGUCAGCCUGAUCUUUUCCAUCCUGUACUUCCAGAACUCCUUCACUGUCUGGCAUUGGCUUGGCACUCUCUUUGUCUUCGUGGGGACACUGAUGUACACGGAAGUGUGGAACAAUCUGGGAUUUGUCCAACACUGUGGACAAAAGAGGGAGGAAAAAAAGCAGGAAUGACGGUGGAGACUCCCUUGGAAAAGAUCAUGCUUCUCUGUUGGAAUGGGACAUUUCCUACCAGAGCCUUGGGGUAGAGGAAGAGGAGGAGUUCCCUGUUUACAGGAGUGGACGGUUGAUUUUUGUAAUACAAAAAUAGCAGAUCUUGGCUGUGCCAAGCAGAUGCACAUCCCCAGGAGAAGGGAAACAGUUUUUUGUCGUUUGGUUGUUGAGGUGACAAAAAACUUUGGUGAGAUGUAACGCUUGGCUUCUUUGACUCAGGAGGAGUCUGCUCAGUGGUUUGGUGCCCCCUGCAGCUGGGUGUUGAGCCCAUGAAGUGUGCAAAAGCAAGCGUUCAGCAUCAGCUGCUUUUGCUUGCCAUCAGGAAAAAAGUCUGAAAAAGGGUAUCAAAUAGUUGCAAUCCAACUGGGACUAUAAAAGAAAUACUUCUGGAAGUCACUCGAUGAUCAUCUGCAUUGCAAAGAAGAAGUGGGCGAUUCUCCCCUUUCUUGAGAGAUCCGGACCAUGGAGAGCCUGAAUGCCACGUGCAAAAGCUUUUGGCCCGGUGGGGACAGAGGAGCCAUACCAAUGGGAACUGGGUGUCCUUGUGCAGGGCUGAAGAGCACGUGGACAGCUUCAAGUUGCUUUCAGAUGGGAGGGGAGCGUUGAUCAUGAUUUGUCAUCUUGGCCAUUGAGCAUCACCCAAAGUUGGCUCCACGAAAUCAGGUUGACUGAGCUGUAGGGCUCUCUAUGUCUGUUAAUCUGGGGGUAGAAGGCAGCUUGCAUCUCCCUCCAGAUCUUUCUCCCCAACACACAUAAACAACCCAAAUCUUAUGAACUGCAUCUAGAAGUCAGGUGUCCCUAUAUAAAGAUGGCCUUUUGGUGAAGGAGUGGGGAGGCUAUCCAAGUUUCCUAAAGAAUGGUCCGGCAGGCAGAGUCAUGGCCAAAUGGGAUAGCUAUUUCUCAGGUUCCUUUUGGAUUAUCUACAUCACUGUUUCUCAACCUCAGCAACUUUUAGAUGUGUGGACUCCAACUCCCAGGA